CAUUCCCUCCUCUCAUACAGGCAGGCAGGGCUGCUUAAUGCACUUCAAAGUUGCAUGCAUCAAUAAGUGACAACUCUUAAAUAUAGUCCACGUUAUGUUUGCAGACCAACACUUUUGCGCAACGGAUUACUGGCCAAUUGCGCAACUAUGUGGACGUCAAGUUCGUGCACUUUUCUGCAACUCACCAGUUGGUGGAGGAGCGCUGGUUAAGGAUGUCCUCCUUGGCCGUGAGCAGAGAGAGGCUGUAGGUGUCCAGGUUGACAGUUUGCAUGCUCAUGAUGGCGCCCCGAGUCUCCAAGACCACUCCUGCAGGCUCGUCUCUUUGGGUCCCCUUACUUGUGACACUGGGGGUCCGACUAUUUGCUGGAAGCAGGCAGCCACAGCGGAGCAACGUCCUCGCCCUCAGCAAAACAGGGAGGCCACAACAACAACAACAAGAAAAAAGUAACACGUCCACCAAAGUCUACACGCAGGUUGCAUGCAAUUGGGCUCGGCUUUCAAACGUGGGAAGAGGCUGCGCGUCCCAGCGUGGAUGAGACCGUGCACACUGGGCUUUGUGCAAAAAGAGGGAGGAAUAAGUUCUCAGCAAAAAGCCCCACCUCCUGUUGACUAGCUAGCUGCUAAGCUAACGAGGCUAGCGGAGAAAGGCAGCGCCGGUCUGAAGGAAGCUUCUCCCCCGCCACCGUGACCACCACUUCCCGAAGACAGCUGGCACCCCACUCGGCGACGGAAAGUUUCUGUGAGUAUGGCUUCCUGCGCUUCGUGCACUUUACUCAUGGAUAGGUUGGCUUUGCUACAGAGCCGUGUCCGCCAGUUAGAGCAGUGUAAUUUCGUAACUUUAGAUGUUGCGGACACAUCUGCUAGCGUUAGCUGUAGCGAGCUAACUAGCCCAGCUUGUAGCAGCCCUAAUCGGCCUACAAGCUACGGUGUACCGGUUGAGACGCAUAAUAGAUUUAGCCCUUUAGCUAGUCCUACACCCCAGUCUACCGGGCACCACACUUUAGUCAUAGGGGACUCCAUCACCCGAAACAUAAAGCUUAGCAAACCAGCCAAAAUUAAGUGUAUUCCCGGGGGCAGAGCACCUGACAUUGAAGCUAAUCUUAGGGAGCUAACUCGCAACAGGUCUAGUAAACACGUACGGCAGGCUAACCGCACCACUAGUUAUGCGAAUAUAGUAAUACACGUUGGCUCCAAUGACGUUAGGAUGAGACAAUCAGAGAUUACAAAGAGAAACAUAGCCAGGGCUUGUAAUCUCGCCAGAAAGAUGUCCAGGCAUCGAGUAAUUGUCUCUGGCCCCCUGCCUGGGAGAGGCAAUGAUGAGAGAUAUAGCAGAUUAGUCUCUCUUAACAGGUGGCUGGAUAGCUUCUGCAGACAACAGGGAUUUACGUUUAUUGAUAAUUGGCCCUCUUUCUUGGGCAAACCUGGCUUGCUGAGGAGAGACGGCCUUCACCCUAACCAGGAAGGCGCUAUCCUCUUGUCUCGGAACAUAGACUUCGCAUUGAGCCACAUUUGACUAACUGCACUAGAGCAAGCCCGGUCACAGGCAAUUACAGAGCCUGCUAGCCUGGGUAUGGAGUCAGUUAAGUUAGAACUAGCCAGCGCCAGGCUGGAUGAUCCCUGUACACAUAGCAAUUUUCGUAGAAUAAUACACAACUCACAAAAUGUUUUUUCUACUGUGUCUAUGACUACGUCAGAGUUAGACAUGCGUUCUACUGAGGUGGCAAAUUAUGAUGCGUUCAGUUUAUCGCAGCGCCAAGUAGACAAUCUGAAAAUUCCCGUCAUAUCAAUUCCUAGAUAUGGUCGUAAUUAUUUUAAGUACACUGCGCAUAAUAAACGCAACAUUAUUAAUAUUGCUACUACGGAUAAUUUUAUCAACAACUCCUUAAAACAGCCCACUACCUAUAAUAUGGGCUUUCUAAACAUCAGAUCUUUGUCUCCCAAAACGCUAUUAGUCAAUGAGGUCAUUAGAGACAACAACCUUAACGUCAUCGGUCUUAGCGAAACCUGGCUUAAACCAGACGACUUUUUUGCGAUAAAUGAGGCAUCCCCUCCUAACUAUACGAAUGCGCAUAUUGCCCGUCACCUCAAAAGGGGAGGGGGUGUCGCACUAAUAUACAACGAAAACUUUAACUUUAGUCCUAACUUAAAUAAUAAAUAUAAAUCGUUUGAGGUGCUUUCUAUGAAGUCUGCCACACCUCUGCCUCUGUGCCUGGCCGUUAUCUACCGCCCCCCAGGGCCCUAUUCGGACUUUAUUAGUGAAUUCUCAGAGUUUGUUGCUGAUCUAGUGACGCACGCCGAUAAUAAAAUUAUAAUGGGGGACUUUAAUAUCCAUAUGAAUACCCCAUUGGACCCACCGUGCGUGGCGCUCCAGACUAUAAUUGAUAGCUGUGGUCUUACACAAAUAAUAAAUGAACCGACGCAUCGCAGCGGUAAUACGAUAGACCUAGUGCUUGUCAGAGGUAUCACCGUCUCCAAAGUUAUGAUACUCCGGUAUACUAAAGUAAUGUCCGGUCAUUACCUUAUAAAAUUCGAAGUUCAGACUCAUGUUCGGCAAGCUAAUAAUAAUAAUAACUGCUAUAGCAGCCGCAACAUUAAUGCUGCCACAACGACGACUCUUGCGGACCUACUGCCCUCGGUAAUGGCACCGUUCCCAAAGUAUGUGGGCUCUAUUGAUAACCUCACUAACAACUUUAACAACGCCCUGCGCGAAACCAUUGAUAGUAUAGCACCGCUGAAGUUAAAAAAGGCUCCAAAAAGGCGUACGCCAUGGUUUACUGAAGAAACUAGAGCUCAGAAAUUAUUAUGUAGAAAGCUGGAACGCAAAUGGCGCACGACUAAACUUGAGGUGCACCAUCAAGCAUGGAGUGAUAGUUUAAUAACUUAUAAACGCAUGCUUACCUUAGCUAAAACUAAUUAUUACUCAAAUCUCAUCCGCAUUAAUAAAAACGAUCCAAAAUUUUUGUUUAGUACAGUAGCAUCGCUAACCCAACAAGGGACUCCUUCCAGUAGCUCCACCCAUUCGGCAGAUGACUUUAUGAAGUUCUUUAAUAAGAAAAUUGAUCUUAUUAGAAAGGAGAUCAAAGACAAUGCGUCCCAGCUACAACGGGGUUAUAGUAACACAGAUAUGAUUGUAUAUACGGCGGAUACUGCAAAUAUCCAAAAUAGUUUCUCUCGUUUUGAUGAAAUAACAUUAGAAGGAUUGUUACAACGUGUAAAUGGAAUAAAACAAACAACAUGUUUACUUGACCCACUUCCUGGGAAACUUAUCAAGGAGCUUUUUGUAUUAUUAGGUCCAUCAGUGCUAAAUAUUAUAAACUUAUCACUUUCCUCAGCACUGUUCCCGUUGCAUUCAAAAAAGCGGCUAUUCAUCCUCUCCUUAAAAGACCCAACCUCGAUCCUGACCUCAUGGUAAACUACCGACCGGUGUCUCACCUUCCCUUUAUUUCGAAAAUCCUCGAAAAAAUUGUUGCAGAGCAGCUAAAUGAGCACUUAGCGUUUAACAAUCUAUGUGAAACCUUUCAAUCCGGUUUCAGGGCAAAUCACUCGACUGAGACAGCCCUCGCAAAACUGACUAAUGAUCUAUUGCUAACGAUGGACUCUGAUGCGUCAUCUAUGUUGCUGCUCCUCGAUCUUAGCGCUGCUUUCGAUACCGUCGAUCAUAAUAUUUUAUUAGAGCGUAUCAAAAUACGAAUUGGUAUGUCAGACUCAGCCCUGUCAUGGUUUAACUCUUAUCUUACUGAUAGGAUGCAGUGCGUCUCCUAUAACAGUGUGACCUCGGACUAUGUUAAGGUAACGUGUGGAGUUCCCCAGGGUUCGGUCCUUGGCCCUGUACUCUUCAGCAUCUACAUGCUGCCGCUAGGUGACGUCAUACGCAAAUACGGUAUUAGCUUUCACUGUUAUGCUGAUGACACCCAACUUUACAUGCCCCUAAAGCUGACCAACACGCCGGACUGUAGUCAGUUGGAAGCGUGUCUUAAUGAAAUUAAACAAUGAAUGUCCGCUAACUUUUUGCAACUUAAUGCCAAAAAAACGGAAAUGCUGAUUAUCGGUCCUGCUAGACACCGACCUCUAUUUAAUAAUACAACUUUAACAUUUGACAACCAAAUAAUAAAACAAGGUGACUCUGUAAAAAAUCUGGGUAUUAUCUUCGACCCAACUCUCUCCUUUGAGUCACACAUUAAAAGCGUUACUAAAACGGCCUUCUUUCAUCUCCGUAAUAUCGCUAAAAUUCGCUCCAUUUUGUCCACUAAAGACGCCGAGAUCAUUAUCCAUGCGUUUGUUACGUCUCGUCUCGAUUACUGUAACGUAUUAUUUUCGGGUCUCCCCAUGUCUAGCAUUAAAAGAUUACAGUUGGUACAAAAUGCGGCUGCUAGACUUUUGACAAGAACAAGAAAGUUUGAUCACAUUACGCCUGUACUGGCUCACCUGCACUGGCUUCCUGUGCACUUAAGAUGUGACUUUAAGGUUUUACUACUUACGUAUAAAAUACUACACGGUCUAGCUCCAGCCUAUCUUGCCGAUUGUAUUGUACCGUAUGUCCCGGCAAGAAAUCUGCGUUCAAAAGACUCCGGCUUAUUAGUGAUUCCUAGAGCUCAAAAAAAGUCUGCGGGCUAUAGAGCGUUUUCCGUUCGGGCUCCAGUACUCUGGAAUGCCCUCCCGGUAACAGUUCGAGAUGCUACCUCAGUAGAAGCAUUUAAGUCUCAUCUUAAAACUCAUCUGUAUACUCUAGCCUUUAAAUAGACCUCCUUUUUAGACCAGUUGAUCUGCCGCUUCUUUUCUUUCUCCUAUGUCCCCCCCUCCCUUGUGGAGGGGGUCCGGUCCGAUGACCAUGGAUGAAGUACUGACUGUCCAGAGUCGAGACCCAGGAUGGACCGCUCGUCGGGACCCAGGAUGGACCGCUCGCCUGUAUCGGUUGGGGACAUCUCUACGCUGCUGAUCCGCUUGAGAUGGUUUCCUGUGGACGGGACUCUCACUGCUGUCUUGGAGCCACUAUGGAUUGAACUUUCACAGUAUCAUGUUAGACCCGCUCGACAUCCAUUGCUUUCGGUCCCCUAGAGGGGGGGGGUUGCCCACAUCUGAGGUCCUCUCCAAGGUUUCUCAUAGUCAGCAUUGUCACUGGCGUCCCACUGAAUGUGAAUUCUCCCUGCCCACUGGGUGUGAGUUUUCCUUGCCCUUUUGUGGGUUCUUCCGAGGAUGUUGUAGUCGUAAUGAUUUGUGCAGUCCUUUGAGACAUUUGUGAUUUGGGGCUAUAUAAAUAAACAUUGAUUGAUUGAUUGAUGAGGACCGAUGAACAAGUUAGGACCGAAUUCAUGGUCCCAAUACGGAAAACCAUUGCAUCUAAUAGAGAAUGUCUCAUUUGCACCCCUGGUGGGGAAAUCUAUCAAAGUUAGGGUGGUCCCAAAAAAGAGGGAGUUUUCAAAUUGACUGUGUGUCGGUUUUAAAAGUGCUCCCCCUCCGGUCAACAUAUGACAUAACAAGUGUGUCUUAUAUGUGUGUCUUUAUAUCUUCCAGUUUAGAUUAAGAAUCAUUAAUUAUUCGCACGCAGGUAGGGGUGGGGGGGUUGGAGGGGAAGUUGGCACAAACAAGGGUCUUUUAUGUCUUUCUAUCUUUCUAGAAGUUGAAUGUCAAAGUCAACCAACUUGUCCGUUUGUGUCAAAACUUUCUACUAUCCAGGUGAGAGGCAUUAUUUAUGAUCUAGAAUUCAGCUACUCGGCCCAGUAUGUCAAUAUAACAGCAUAAGCUAGUUACCUCUCUGUGAUCACGGCGCAGCUAAAAGUAGUUCCUUGGCGUUAGCGCUUAUAAUAACAAUAUCUCUAAUACUUGGUUAAAAUUCAGGUCAAGAAAUGUAAAUGAAGUAUUGUUGGCAGAUAUCUGUAUGUUUUUAGGGGGCUUUAUGGACCCAAUACAAUACUCUUAUUAGCUUCAUUGUCAGCCACCUCAUACUUGUCAUAUUUUACCACUUACAAUGUAUGAAAAAGGAAGACAUAAGUGAUCUUGUCUUACAUAGGAAUAUUGAAUGAUGGGCAAAAUCCCCCAAAAAGUGCAGUUACCCUUUAAAAUUUGCAAAAUGUGUGAUAUUAUUAUGAACGUGGCUGUUACGACAUGACAUAUACUUACUGCAUGUAUAUAAAACGUUGAUGGAGGUUUUCCCCUGUUCAAAAAGGGGGACCAGAGGAUGUGUGCUAACUACAGGGGUAUCACACUACUCAGCUUCCCUGGAAAAGUUUACGCCAAGGUACUGGAAAGGAGGAUCCGUCCAAUAGUCGAACCUUAGACUCAAGAGGAGCAAUGUAGAUUCAGUCCUGGUUGUGGAACAACUGACCAGCUCUUUACUCUUGUGGGAAUCCUGGAGAAGGCCUCGGAGUAUGCCUAUCCAGUCUACAUAUGCUUUGUGGAUUUGGAGAAGGCGUAGUACCGGGUCCCCUGGGAGAUCCUGUGGGGGAUGCUGAGGGAGUACAGGGUGAGGGGAACCCUGCUGGGGGCCAUCCAAUCUCUGUACAAUCAUAGUGAGAGUUGUGUGCUUGGAUGUAAGUCGGAUCCGUUUCCAGUGGGGGUUGAUCUCCACCAGGGCUGCGCUCUGUCACCUAUCCUGUUUGUGAUUUUCAUUGAUACAGGAUUUCUAGGCAAAGUUGUGACCAUGGCAGAGAGGGUAUACUUCUCGGAGGGCUAAAGGUUGCGUCACUGCUGUUUGCAGAUGAUGUGGUCCUGAUGGCACUUUCAGUUCGUGACCUUCAGCUCUCACUGGAUCGGCUCGCAGCCAAGUGUUCAGCGACUGGAAUGAGGAUCAGCAUCUCCAAAUCUGAGGCCAUGGUUCUCAGCAGGAAACCAAUGGUUUGUACAGUCCGGGUAGAGAUCGAGACUCAGUCCCAGGUGGAGGAGUUUAAGUAUCUCGGGGUCUUGUUUGUGAGUGAGGGAAAAAUAGAGAAGGAAAUCAGCCGGAGAAUCGGAGCAGCUGAGGCAGUAUUGCAGUCUCUGCCGCACUGUUGUGACAAAACGAGAGCUGAGCCAGAAGGCAAAGCUCUCGGUCUACCGAGCUAUCCACAUUCCUACUCUCACCUAUGGUCAUGAAGUGUGGCUCAUGACCGAAAGAAUAAGAUCGCAGAUACAAGCGGCCGAAAUUACUUUCCUCAGAAGGGUGGCUGGCAUCUUCCUUAGAGAUAGGGUGAGAAGUUCACUCACCCCAGUGAGACUUGGAGUAGAGCCGCUGCUCUUUCGCUUGGAAAGGAACCCGCUUAUGUGGUCUGGCGAUCUCGUGCGGAAGCUUCACGAGCGUCUCCCUAGGGAGGUCCUCGUUGCAAGUCCCACUGGGAGGAGACCCCGCAGCAGGCCAAGGACCAGAUGGGGGGAUUACAGCUCCUCUCUGGCCUGGGAACGCUUCUGGAUUCCCCAGGAGGAAGUUGCUAAUGUUGCUCUGGAGAGGGAAGUCUGGAGGUCUCUACGAGAGCUGUUGUCCCCGGGACCCGAUUCCGGAUAAGCGGUUGAAGAUGGAUGGAUGGACUUGAUGGAAGUAAAACAACAUACUCGGAGUUCAUUGUUAAAUUACUUUCCUGUUUUAAUUCAUUAUCUGUGUGGAGUUUGCAUGUUAUCCCCGUGACUGCGUGGGUUCCCUCCAGGUACUCCGGCUUCCUCCCACCUCCAAAGACAUGCACCUGGGGAUAGGUUGAUUGGCAACACUAAAUUGGCCCUAGUGUGUGAAUGUGAGUGUGAAUGUUGUCUCUCUAUCUGUGUUGACCCUGCGAUGAGGUGGCGACUUGUCCAGGGUGUACCCCGCCUUCCGCCCUAAUUCAGCUGAGAUAGGCUCCAGCACCCCCCGCGACCCCGAAUGGGACAAGCAGUAGAAAAUGGAUGGAUAGAGGGUUAAUUAAAGGUACUGUACAUAUACUCAACGUCACAGAUAUUUAUGAGAAAUAUUAAUGAUUGUCACACACACACUAGAUGUGGCAAAAUUAUUGUCUGCAUUUGACCCAUCA